ACGCAGAUUUGGACGAAUGGACCCACGGCGCCUCCAAGUGGAAGAUUUGAAGAGCAUCUGUGAACCCGUACAGGAGGAGGGAUCACGGCGACUGAGUUUGGCUGAAGAGGGAGAGCGAGCGCCUCUUCUGCGGUUAGCAAGCGCGCAUCAGGGACUUUAUCAUCGUUUUCCCCUCUCCCCUUGAACACAUUUAAUUCCGUAUCUCACAAAGAGAUGAUAAACUGACCGACAAAAUCUUGCUGUCUGGAACGUUACUGUCUGGAAGGUUAGGUCUUCGAAAGUACGGUGGAGAGGAUGAUGCUGGGGUUAGAGGUCAUCACAUUGUGCUUCCUGUUUGGAGCUGUGGUACAAGCCCAGAUGCCCACAGACUGCACCAAGAAACAUGACUGUGUUUUGGAUGUAUAUUUUGUGAUUGACACGUCUGAGACCAUCGCUCUACAAGAGCAGCCUCCUGGAGCACUGGUCGAGAGCAUCAAGACGUUUGCAGAGCGCUUUGCAUCGCGUCUUGAAAAUGUGGAGUACAAAGGCUUGGUGCAGAUGCGCUGGUCCAUCGGCGGACUGCACUUCUCCCAAACACAGCAGGUGUUCAGUCCCAUCACGUCCAAGGAUACCUUCAUCCAGGCUGUCCGGGGAAUCAGGUACCUGGGUAAGGGCACCCACAUUGACUGUGCCCUCAAAAAAAUGACCGAAGAAAUGGUGAACAAUCCAUCCGACAGCGGCUCUCGGAAAUUCGCUGUGGUCAUCACCGAUGGUCAUGUGACGGGAAACCCCUGCCAGGGGAUCAAGGUGUCGGCAGAAAGGGCACGCGAAGCGGGCAUCAAGAUGUUUGUGGUGGCGGCAUCCAAGUACGUGGACGAGACGGGUCUGAAAGAGAUCGCCAACUCUCCAGCUGCCGUGUACAGGAGGGACUUCCUGGCCGUGGACCUGAGCCAGGGCAGGGCCAUCAUACAGGACGCUACCAUCGACCGCAUCAUCCAGACCAUGACACAUCUGGCAUAUCAGGAGUGUUAUGAGGUGAAGUGUCUCGAGACACCAGGACCUCCCGGCCCAAAAGGACACAGAGGGCAAAAAGGGGCCAAAGGAGACAAUGGAGACCCUGGCCCUAAGGGUGACAGUGGGCGACAGGGUGACCCCGGUAUUGAGGGACCCAUUGGUCAACCCGGUGUCAAAGGUGAGGCAGGUCUGAGAGGCGAAAAGGGAGAAAUUGGAUCUGAUGGGAAGAAGGGCGAAGGGGGCCUCGCCGGACGCAACGGGACAGAUGGACAGAAGGGAAAAAUUGGACGGAUUGGUUCUCCUGGUUGCAAAGGAGACCCAGGUGACAGGGGUCUUGAUGGUCACCCUGGAAACGUGGGCGAUCCAGGACUGCCUGGCACAGAGGGAGAGAAGGGAGAUUCAGGUCGCCCAGGAAGAUCAGGCCCACCUGGCUUAACAGGAGAGGGUGGACCGAAGGGAGAGGGAGGGAGUCCUGGCUCACCUGGCUUUCCAGGACAGAAAGGAUCUCCUGGAACUAAUGGAGGACCAGGAUCUAAAGGAGAACCAGGGAGAAGAGGAGACUUUGGACCAAAGGGAACUCAAGGACCAGAUGGAUCUAAAGGAGAACGAGGUGAGGGCGGGCCUGAGGGGAAGAGAGGUCUUGCAGGUGAAGUAGGAAACAAAGGAACCAAGGGGGACAACGGACUACCAGGGCCAAGAGGCCUACCCGGUUCCCCAGGAGAACCAGGAAGAAACGGUUCCCGCGGUGACCCAGGGGAUGCUGGACCUGGAGGUGAAGCUGGUGCCCCCGGACCUAAGGGUGACCAAGGAAGAGCUGGUUUCAGUUAUCCUGGACCCAGAGGACCAUCGGGUGACCGAGGAGGGAAGGGUGGCCCUGGCCCCAGAGGAGGCAGAGGAGAUUGUGGACCAAAGGGAGGACCAGGUAUCAAAGGAACUCCAGGAAAAGAAGGUGAUCCGGGAUCACAGGGAGAACCUGGCUCAAGAGGACCUAGAGGAGACGGAGGAACAGACGGAGAUUCCGGCCCUCAGGGAGACCCUGGCCUUACAGAGUGUGAUGUGAUGAACUACGUUAGAGAGACCUGCGGCUGCUGUGAUUGUGAGAAGCGAUGCGGUGCGUUGGACAUUGUGUUUGUAAUUGACAGUUCUGAGUCAGUCGGUCUGACCAACUUCACUCUGGAGAAGAAUUUUGUCAUCAAUACCAUGAACAGACUGGGCUCUAUGGCCAAAGACCCCAAUUCAGAAACAGGUACUAGAGUGGGUGUUGUACAGUACAGUCACAGUGGAACCUUCCAAGCCAUUCGUCUGAACGACUCCAAGAUCGACUCGCUGUCUGCCUUCAAGGAUGCGGUGAAGCGUCUGGAGUGGAUUGCUGGUGGGACUUGGACCCCGUCAGCUCUGAAGUACGCCUACGAUAACCUGAUCAAGGACAGUCGCCGAGCUAAAGCCAACGUCACUGUUGUGGUCAUCACCGAUGGACGCUUUGACCCACGAGACGACGACACACUGCUCACCUACCUGUGCAGUGAUCCCAGUGUGGAUGUGAAUGCUAUUGGUAUUGGGGACAUGUUUGAGAAGGAGGAAGAGAGCGAGAGUCUGAAGAGUAUCGCCUGCCAGAGAGAAGGCAGGGUGAUGGGAAUGAAACGCUUUGCUGAUCUGGUGGCCGAGGAGUUCAUUGACAGGAUAGAGCAUGUGCUCUGCCCAGAGCCUGUCAUCGUCUGCCCUGACCUUCCCUGUAAAACCGGAGGGGGUAUGUUGGAUGGUCUGGUCCCUCCCCCCUGGGAACCUUUGUCAGAGGAAGGCAGCCCCUUAUUGGUUCCCACCACUGUUGGGGGCGUGGCCAGUCUGCUGAGCGGUCUCAGUGAGAAGCAGUAUGGGGUUGGCGUGGCGACCAUGGCCUACACAGCCCAGAGGGCCAAGCUGUCCCAGGGACCUGACAGGCACCAGUGGACCCAGCUUUUCAUCGAUUCUUUCAAGCUAGUCUACGGUGACAUUAUGGGAGACCCUGAAAAAGCCCUAGGACUCUGCAAAUAGUUAAAACCAUGCUAGCCAGCGUUAGACUUAGUCUCUGCUUAAAUUUUAACUCUGUCAUGACAAUCUAAGCUCUUGGUGUUUUUGCGGAUAAUAAUGCACUUUAACUCACCCAUGGGCAUUAUAAUCUAUAGGGUCAUCGUUACGCUUCUGUUGGGCAAAAAUCAAGAGUACUAAGCUUUCAAAUUGGACCAAAUGUCAGAAAACAGGUGGACUUCUUCAGACUUCUUGGUUGUUAUCCAUUGCAAAUCGUCCCUUCUUAGUUGCAAUGUUUAUUUUUUCUCAUGAAACCAUCAUGGAAAUCAAACAAUUAAAUGACAGAUAUUUCUCCUUCCAUAACGAGCAAGGUUUUCCAUUCAUUGGAACAUGGUGAUGUCGUUAGUCCAUCACACACAGAGCUCAGUGAAGUGAGCUCAGGCUGUAUGCAGCCAUUCAUAGAUGCCUGUGUUCACACCCAUGUUUCCACCGUGAACCACACCACUAGCGUUGAAUCACUCUGGAAGGAUUGUUUUGCAGUUUUGCACAUCACCAUAGUUACUGCUAUCCCUGCUAUUACUUUGACAUCCUGUUUUCUCUGAAUGUCAUGGUGGCGCUGGCUGAAUGCAUUACAUGUUUAGGUUAUGAAUGGAUGGCUGUGAUGGAUGGUUGUGAUAGAUUGUAGGCUAGAAGUGUAUAUGUGAGUCAUCCAGCGUAGCUAAGUUACACUGCAUGGGGACUGCUUGAUGCGCGCUGGAAGAGAAUAAAAUAUGUAGCCGUAUUCCAAACAUCCAAAUAAAACAUUAUUAUUAUUCAUUUACUUGAUAAUAAUAAUUUGCUAUAGUUUUACUGCAUACAUGUAGCUUUGUUUGUAUAGGAGAAUGAGUAAAUGUUUGGCUGUGAAAAUCAUGAUCUGUGAGAGGUCUCAGAGAGGCAACCUUACUGUAUUACGCUAGCUAUGACUGCAACAUGCUAAUGUGACAUAUCUUUUAAAUUGUGU